AUGUGUCUGCUGAAGAGCGUGGAGGACACAGACAGAAUGGCGACCCCUCAGACAUCCAGACAGAGCAGCUACUCCUCAAUCUCUACAAAGAUCAGGAUGCAUGUCAUAGAGGUGGACUCGGUCCAGCGCUGGACGGAGGACUUACGGCACAUGACGGAGGUGGAGUGCAUGUGUGUUCUGCAGUCCAAACCCAUCGGCGUGGAUGAAGACGCGGCGGGUGAGCUCAUCGUAUCGGGGGCGGGCGCUGCGAGCGAUCACGUGACCCGUGAUAACCUGCAGACGCUGCUGAAGAGGGCGCUGGUGGUCAGCACUGAGCUGGGGAAGAUGUUUCAGCGGCUGGAGAGAGGACGCUGGCAGAGAGUUCACAGCACGGCCAUCAGGGUCAACUGUCAUGUGCGCUCUCUGAUUCAAGAGUACAGCACGGCCAGAAACGCCCCGCCGGAGAUGCAGAAGUAUGAGAAAUGUCUGCUGGAAAAGUGCAUGGAGCUCAACGUCAUAACUGAGAGAUGUCUUCAUACUGAAGACGAAUACUUCCUCAGAUCCAUGAAGGAGGCCAUUCACGAGAUCCUGACCGAUCUCAGCGAUUCUUUUAGCCACAUGAUUGAUAUGGCACUGGCCAAUGAAAUCCAGAUUCUCAUCAGACAGAUUGAGGAGUCUGAUAACGUUCUCUCCAUCAGCGCUGCCAUCAGUAAUCUGCUGUCUUUAACUCAGGAUGGACCACAGCUCUGCAGCAUCAUCGCAAAGGAGGGGGCUGUGGUGGCUCUGCUGAAGAUCUGCAGACAGGACUGUUUCUCAUGUCUUUACGCUGAUGCUUUGAGAACCGUGGCAUCCAUCUGCUGUGUGGAAGAGGGCAUCACACAGCUGGAGAAGGUUGGACGGAUCCUGUGUCUGGCAGAUAUCCUCACAGACGCUUCAUGUGCAGAGACCACACGAGCUGAAGCGGCCGCUGUGAUGGCACAGAUCACGUCUCCACAUCACACCUCCACACAACAUCUCGCCAGCUUUCUGGAGAGCAUGCAGGACAUCGUCACGGCUCUCAUCAAUCUGUGUGAAAAUGCCUCCUGUGGUGAAGUGUUUCUGUUGGCCUCGGCAGCUCUGGCAAACAUCACGUUCUUUGACAGCAUGGCCUGUGAAAUCCUCCUGCAGCUCAACGCCAUUGGUAUCCUGGUCCAGGCCUGUAGAGACCGGCAGAGAGUGGACACGCCGUACUCCAAAGACCAGGUUGUGACAAUCCUCGCCAAUCUGUCGGUGUUGGAGCAGAGCAGCGCUGAGGUGCUUCAGGAGAAGGGCAUCGAGCAGCUGCUGCUGUUGUUAAAUGAAAAGCCGUCGUCCUCCAGUCCGUCUGAGAGCGCUGCGUGUGAACGAGUUCAACAGAAAGCUGCCGUCACGCUGGCUCGACUCAGCAGAGAUCCACACGUCGCUCAGACUGCCAUACAGCUCAUGGCUGUUCCUCGUCUCAUUGAGUUGUGCCGGUCACCAGCAGAAAGGAACAACAGCGACUCUGUGCUUGUGGCCAGUCUGGCCGCUCUGAGGAGACUGGCGGUCGAAUGUCCAGACAGUAUAACACCUGCUGACCAUCAACAGCUCAUCAAACCCAGACUGGUGGAUUCCUUUCUCUUGUGCUCCAACAUGGAGGAAAGUUUUGUCUAAGGUGCUGUCCACGCCACACGGGUAUUUUCAAAACUGAAGCUUUAUCCAUGUGGUUUGGCCGUUCGUCCACAUGCAAAUGCAGUACUUGAUCAUUGAAACCCUACGUUUUUUAAACUCUGUUUUAGUGUUAGUGUAGAUGGUGAAACCGGAGUUUUGGCAUAUGACAUUGCAAUGUGUGCCGCUAUCUCCUUUGUUUGACGUCAGAUUCCAGGGUUCUUAUUGGCCAACAUGGCUUUAUGGUUAGGGUUAUAUCGCCACCUCUUGGUUUGGCAUGCUUUUAACAGCGCUUUAUAAACGAAGAAGGAAAAACUCUGUUUAUUAAAAUACCGUGUACGUGUUGACUAGGCCUAAGCAAUCUGUCUUUAGCCAAAGAAAAAAAAUCUGGUGUAUUUAUACAUUACCUUAAAGAAAAUUUGUGACAUAUGUUUUUAUACAAACAGAAGUUGAAUCAUGCAUGAUUGAGAUGUACACAGAUGAUAUGUAUUGAUUCUGAAUUAUUUAAUACUUUUGUUAAAUAAACACAGGCAUGAAUAAAGAAUAAAAACAAAAUGGUUA